GUCAGUCGGUAAUUAUGUCUUCCAUCGCGGAAUUAACAGCUCUCGGCAAAGAGCUUGGUUAUGAAGGCGAAGACCUUAGAAGAUUUGUAAGUGAUGAACAAAGUGCUUUAAGGGAUAUUAGAAAUAAGGAACGAGAAUUAGAACGUGAAAAACUAGAAGCUGCUCGUGAGGAAAGAGAAAGGGAACGCCAGGAGAAAGAAAAGGAGCGUGAAUAUGACCGUGAAAAAAGUGAGAGAGAUAGAGCUCAUGAGAUUCGUUUGUAUGAUAUGCAAGAAUCUUUGCAAAAACAGGAGAUUGAGAAAUUGAAACUGCAAAAAGAAAUCAAGGACUCGCCAGUUAAUACCGAAGGUUCCGACACUGAAGGUAACCAGAGUCGGGAUUCCUGAAGAAAUGGUGACUGAUAGAGGCAGUCAAUUUACAUCGCAGAUGAUGGACGAAGUUAGAGGUCUUUUGUCAAUCAAGCAUCUUCCUACGACCCCUUAUCAUGCGAUGGCGAAUGGUCUAGUUGAAAAGUUCAAUGGAACUUUGAAAUCUAUGAUUAAAAAGAUGUGUGCUGAACAACCUACUACUUGGGAUAGA